UCUGAUCUGAGAGAGCGAAAAGCAACUUCCGGGGAAAUAAAAGCAUGGACGAUAACAGCAUUUGUAAAUAAUGAUUGCACUACAGUUCGUCUUGGUUGUUAGUUCAUGUAUUUCCACGCUGUUGACUAUUUUUUCCACAAAUGUGGUUACUCUUUGAUCUGGUGAUCUGUUGAUCUGUUAUAAUCAUGGCUUCUGGUAAUAGUGCGUCAAGACGAUUGCUGUGUAAGGACUUGCACGCCUACCUACGUUCUUUACCCGUAUCGGUGUUGGACAAACUGUACAAUCACCCUGCUACAUGUUUAGCCGUUUUUAGAAAUUUGCCAGAACUCAGUCGACUGUUCGUGAUGCGACUACUGUUUGUGGAACAGCCUGUUUCUCAAGCUGUAGUUGGGCAAUGGGUCAACAGAGGAGCAGAAGAACUACACCAGAUAACUUCACCCCUUACUGAACUGAGAGUAUGGCAUUUUCAGUCAUUGGCAGGUGGGAUGCCUGGGUGGAUUCUUAAUCCAGUGUUUAGAGAAAAUAUGAAGACUGCACUUCUAGGAGGUGGCCAACCGUGGACAGGCAGAUCCCCUUUAACUCCGGAUAAACAUGCGAGAGAUGUUGCAUUUCUCGACAAGUAUGCCUUGGAGCGGUGGGAGUGUGUGCUUCACUUCAUGGUUGGGUCAACAGAAGGAUCAGAUGGUGUCAACCGUGACAUCAUUGAUGUUCUUGUCAACAGUGGUCUUAUGGCAAAGGAAGAUGGUGAGGCAUUACCUAACAUCACACCUGAAGGUUUCCAGUUCCUCCUUUUGGACACAGGGUCGCAGGUGUGGUAUUUUCUGUUGGAGUACUUGAGAACAGUUGAGAGUCGGGGACUGGAUCUACUCACUUGCCUUCCCUUCCUCUUUCAGCUCAGUUUUUCAACACUCGGAAAGGAUUACUCUACUGAAGGAAUGCGUGAGCCUGAAUUGAGAUUUUUACAGCACCUAAGAGAAUUUGGUUUGGUGUACCAGCGAAAGCGCAAGUCUCAAAGGUACUAUCCAACAAGACUGGCUAUCAACGUGGCAUCUGGACUUAAGUCAGUGACCUCUGACACUCACAGGCCAGGGUUUCUGGUAGUUGAAACAAACUACCGCAUCUAUGCUUACACAGAUUCUCCCUUGCAGGUUGCACUGCUGGGUCUUUUUUGUGAACUUCUGUACAGAUUUCCAAAUAUGGUGGUUGCGAACCUUACUCGUGACAGUGUUAGAGCAGCGUUGGCAAGGGGCAUAACAGCAGAACAGAUUUUGAAUUACCUGCGAAGUCAUGCACAUCCAGAGAUGAUGAAGAAGAACCCUGUGAUACCACCAACCAUCAGUGAUCAGAUCAGACUUUGGGAACUGGAGCGUGCUCGUUUGACUUUCACAGAGGGCAUACUGUAUAACCAGUUUCUGUCACAGGCUGACUUUGAAAUGCUUCGUGAUUAUGCAAAGGAGAUGGAUGUGUUGGUAUGGGAGAUGCCAGAAAAGCGGGUUAUGGUUGUAACAAAGGAUGGACAUGAUGAUGUGAAACGCUUCUGGAAACGCCAGCGCCAGUCUUAAGUGCUGCAGUCUGUAAUAAAUAAGAAUGCUCAGAACAACAUGUCUUGAUCCAGUCCUCAGCAGCUACUGAUGUAGGGGUACAGUGUGGAAUGAAAAACCAGGACUGCCAGUCAUAUGUGGCCAACUUCAUACAAUUUCCAGCACUUUUACUGUACCUUGGCUGUUGGCAGCCACCAACACAUUAGCACCCUGAAAAUACAAAUGUGACAAUGGUAAAUCCAUGUGACAUUUAUAUUUAUGAAGUGAAAAACACUUAAGCCAUAUCUGUGAGAAAUUAGAAACAGAGGAUUGUGUUCAAACAGGUAAAAAACCUAGGAAAUACAACUUACAGGUUUCCAUGUCACAGCACUGACAAACUCACUGGAAUCAUCAUCUUUCCUCUCCUUUUCCUGCAGAACAAGGGAAAAAAAAUCACCAUAUACCCCAAAAUACGUUUGUUAAUGUGUGAUGAGCAGACUAAAGACCAUGGGUGGGGAACAUUUGGCCUACCAAGACAGCCAGAGAUCUAAUAGCAAUGUAGAUGUAUAUUGAAUUUCAAGGGAUAAAUGAAUGGGCAUUAGAUAGGAAACAUGAGUACAUGAUGUGACAGAUGUAUGCUUCUUGUCAGCUGCAUGUGUGUGACCUUCACAUCAAGCCUACAAUUGACAGGACUACUUUUGGUUUGAUGUCGGCUGUUGAUACAUUUAGUGUUCUUUAUUCAAUUAAAAAAAAAAUUAUCUUCACAAUUGCUGUGUUCUAUUUAGGCAUACAAGCAUCCACCAUUCAUUCUUUCAUGGAUUUCCAAAGGAUAAGCCAAUGAAAAAGCUUUGGCUAGUAAAAA